UGUCGAUACAAAAACCUAUGUACAACGCGUAGAUAUAUAAAGACCACUGUUAUAUUUUCUCAAGGUAAAUGUUUUGUGUCUAUGUUAAAAAUUGGAUACUGUAGAAAUUGUACGAUGGAAAGUAGCUCUCAAAGAAAGAUAUGUCAUAGGCGUAGAAUUAUCAUUAGAAUAAUUGUGGAUUUAACAAUUUGGAUUGCAGCAUCCCUAAUUGCAUUUUAUCUGUUUCUAUUCGAGAAACCAUAUGAAAGAGGUUUCUUUUGUGACGACAAAUCCCUAAGUUACCCAUCUGUACCAGAAACAAUUUCAACACCUGUUAUGGUGGUAGUAGGGCUGACAGCUGCUUUGAUAUUGAUUAUAUCUGUAGAGGUUUUUAAUUGGUUGGAUGUCAAAUGCCGGAAAAGAUACCAGCAUGCAAGUAGUGCUAUAUUUUGUGUGAAAAGCUACAUGGUGUUUAUGAUUGGGUUCCUGAUACAAGAACUGUUUGUAGACACUCUUAAAAACAAGAUUGGAGUACUAAGACCAAAUUUCUUUGAUGUUUGUAAACCACAGUUUAAUUUAACGUUAUGCCCAGGGUAUAUAACAGAAUACAUGUGCUCUGGAAAUGACGAAAAAGAAAUCAGAAGCAGCCGACAGUCUUUUCCUUCCGGACAUUCAUCUUUUGCCAUGUUCAUUGCAGUUUAUUUUAGUUUGUACAUAGAAAACCGUUUGCAUAUAAGGUUCUCUCGAUUACUGAAGAUCUUCCUACAAAUUAGUCUUGUAUUGGCUGCAAUUUUAUGUGGUUUUGGCCGCAUCAGGGAAAACAAACAUCAUAUGUCUGACGUUCUAGCUGGUUUUAUACUAGGCAUCACAGUUGCUGUAUUUGUUCAUACCAUGAUGUGGAGGAAAUAUGUAAAAGAUGACAGUCGUAAAGAGGUUCAGAAAAAUCAAACGGACAAAUCACGUGACUGUUGUUGUGUAUGUAACCAGCCUUCUGAUAUUGAAUUUGAUUCACAAACACCAUCAUCUAUAUCACAAAAUGGAUAUUUCCAAAAUAUAGAAACUGGAAGGAAUUCAUCGUCUGCUAAACAUAUAUCCCUUCAAAACAAUAAUAAUCAAACUAUUUCAGAACCAUCGGAAAUAAUGUAGAAAAAACAACUCUUCUUGUAUUUUUAUAAACGACCUUUUGCAAGUUUUGUAUCAAAGGUUUAAUUAGUGCAAUUAAGAAGAACUACUUUACAAUAUACAUAUUCCAAAGGUAUGUAUAAAGUCUUACAACAAGUCGGAUAUAUAUCUUAUACUUCAUAUGAUAUGCACAUUAUGCGUAUGUCAUUAUUGUUCUUAGCUGAAAAGCAAAUAAUGAGUGAUUUAUUAUACAGACAAAAUGAUUUGAUACGACAUAUAUAUAUCUAAAUAAGUAAAUGUGACAGAAUUGGUACUGAUACAUGUAUAUAGAAUAUUGCAUUGUUUUAUGAGUUUUAUAUUAAAUAAAAAAUGUUUAUUCAUUUUUGUCAUUUCGUAAGAAAUGAUGAUGUGAAAUCUGUAGUGGAAUACCGGGUACUUCCCUAAAAUGAUUCAAUUUUGACAUAUACAAGCAUCCUCAUGUUAAAUAUGAUACAC